AUGGCUUUCCACUACGGUGCCGGCGCGAUGAGCAGAGCCGCCAUCAACAUCGCAAAUCCCAGUCAGCGCUGGAUCGAGCCCAACCCAGAAGAAGUCUCCAAAGGUAAGCAAGUGAUUAAAAAGGCGGCGGCAGGCAUCAAGAAAGGCGGGCGCGAACUGGCACGCGCACCCUCACGUCUGAGCAAUUUGCGGCGUCUAUCAUACGCUUCAUCACGUGGAGGAGGAGGCGAGUCUCGGCCUGUGAGCCGUUUGAGCGCUUGGAUGGACAAGUAUAUUAUUGGGGAGGAGAAGGAAGGAGAGGACAGUACCGAGGGACCAGGAGUAUCGGAUACAAAUAUCGAAGAAGAAGAGGCAAGUGAGGGUGGAAAUGAGGCAGGAGUAGGACAAGCAAGUGAGGAAAAGGAAGAAGAAGUGAAGAAGACGCCAAGCAGAACGGCCUCAAUGAUCAAAAGAGCCUUCAGCUUCCGCAAGAGUCGCGCGUUCCGCGCAUCCACAGCACCAUCCACUCUGCAACCACCACAAGAAGAACCGCAGAGCGACGAAAAGAGAGGCGGCACCACCACCGCCACACCACCAAGCGGCGAGGGUAGUCCCCUCGUUCGCGUUGCAGCGAACGAAGAAAUCCCCGACCGCACGACGUCGAGAGAAGCCCCGGUCUUGCCGCUCCCUUCCUUCCCAUCACUCAUCACAAUGCCUUCGGGCGGGGAGAUGGAGGGGAGCGGCGCUGGACCGGUUGGCGGAGAAAAGGUGGUGGUGGAGGAGGAGGAGGAAGAGGAGGAGGUGGUGGCCGUGGCGAGCCUGGCUUUCGUGGGUAGGGCUCGCCUGGUCGACCUCUCCGCUGAGGAGUAA